AGAGAACGCGGGAGCAACGCGGGAGCAUCGCCGGAGCCGAGCAGCACCGCGGACAGCGCCCGGUAGCGCCCGCCCAGCUCCUCCUGCUCAGCCCUGACACCCACCCCGAGGUCCCCGCACGGACACACUCACACUCAUUCACACACUCGCACGCACAGACACACCGCCGCGGUACCAUGGCAGAAUCCUACCUGCAAUCAUCCCUCAUCACAGCCUCACAGUUUUUCGAGAUCUGGCUCCACUUCGACGCUGAUGGAAGUGGUUACCUGGAAGGAAAGGAGCUGCAGAACUUGAUCCAGGAGCUCCUGCAAGCGCGAAAGAAGGCUGGAUUGGAAUUAUCACCUGAGAUGAAAACUUUUGUGGAACAUUAUGGGCAGAGAGAUGAUGGAAAAAUAGGAAUUGUAGAGUUGGCUCAUGUGUUACCCACAGAAGAGAAUUUCCUGCUGCUCUUCCGAUGCCAGCAGCUGAAGUCCUGCGAGGAAUUCAUGAAGACUUGGAGAAAAUAUGACACUGAUCACAGUGGCUUCAUAGAAACUGAGGAGCUUAAGAACUUUCUAAAAGACCUGCUAGAAAAAGCAAACAAGACUGUUGAUGACACAAAACUAGCUGAGUACACAGACCUAAUGCUAAAACUGUUUGAUUCAAAUAAUGAUGGGAAGUUGGAGCUGACCGAGAUGGCCAGGUUACUACCAGUGCAAGAGAAUUUUCUUCUUAAAUUUCAGGGAAUAAAAAUGUGUGGAAAAGAGUUCAACAAGGCCUUUGAGUUAUAUGAUCAGGAUGGCAAUGGAUACAUAGAUGAAAAUGAACUGGAUGCUUUACUGAAAGACCUCUGUGAGAAGAAUAAACAGGAUCUGGAUAUCAAUAAUAUUACAACAUACAAGAAGAAUAUAAUGGCUUUGUCAGAUGGAGGGAAGCUGUACCGAACAGACCUGGCUCUUAUUCUCUCUACUGGAGACAACUAGAGUUGGUGACAACAACCACAAGCUAGUGAUACAUUGUAUCUAAAAUAAAUAACUGUGCACUAUAAAGGAGUAGGCUGUAUUUUCUUUUAUAUCUGUAAAUUUCACUGCAUAUAGAUAAUUAUCCAGGAUGUGUGGCAUAUUCUUUUCUGCUUGUUUCUAUACUGUUUGUAAUGUACAGUUUUUGUAACUAUAUGAUUAAAAAGGAGAAAGCCUAUGCUUAGACCAGUCAGUAUACCCAAUUAAAUCUAUAUCUAUAUAUUUGUUUCCAUGCAUACAGUUGGAUGUUGAUUUUUCCAAAUAUUUCAUCAGAAUUAAUAUUUUAAACUCUAUACUCUGGUGUGUAAAUGCACAUUUGUCACUGAAUAAGAGAAUCAUUAUGAUAAGCCAAGCUUUCUUAGACAAUCAUCUGACUAUUCCAUAAAAUUUUACUAAGCUAUUAUUCACAGCUAUUAGGAAAAAUAUACUUUUACAUCUAAAACACCUAAGUAUCAAGAUAUUAAUAAAAAAUCAUUUGUGGUUUUCAGAAGUCAACAGUUUCCCCAGAGAUUAAAUUUGCCAAUCAUUUGAAUCACUAUCAAAUGAUUGUCUCGAAUUGAUCUGAAAACAGGGGAUGGCAGCACCAGAUGACCCAAAAAAUCUGUCUGAUUUGACAUUGAUAUUUCCUACAUGUCCACUGUCAGAAAAUAUGAUGUUAUUCAAUUUUCUAAACUAUUUCAUGUGUUUCAAAUUAUAAUUAUUCUAGUAAAUUGCUGUCUUGUGUCAAGUCUUGUGUGUAAUCUCCAAUUAAAUUUAUGAUGCUGAGUA